AAAAGAAAAAGAGAAAAAGAAUAAGUGAAAUUAAACGACCGUUACACUGGGAAAAAUUUUGAAACAGGGAACUCCAUUUGAAAAGAGAUGCCAAAGGGUUGCUGUUGAUAGACCAAAAAGCCGGAGUUGGAAAUGGCAGCAGAAGAAGAUGAGCAGUUGCAACAACUCAGAUCCAAAGCCACGGAGCUUUUCAUCAGAGAAGAAUGGAAUGCCUCGAUCGAAGCCUAUUCCCAUUUCAUCACCCUUUGCACCCAAACGCUCUCCCAUUCUCUCCCAAACCAAAAGCUUCGCAGAUCCCUCUGCAUAGCUUUGUGCAAUCGCGCAGAAGCGAGGUCCAAGUUGAAGGACUUCCACUGCGCCCUUCGGGACUGUGACCACGCUUUGGAACUCGAUGCCACGCAUUCGAAGACCCUUUUGUGCAAAGGUAAGAUCUUGCUCUGCCUCAACCGGUAUGCUUCCGCUCUUGAGUGCUUCAGAACCGCCACGCUAGACGGAAACGCUGAAAGCGUAAGUGGGUACUUGGAGAGGUGCAAAAGUUUGGAGCUUUUGUCCAAAACCGGGUGUUUGGAUCUUUCGGAUUGGGUUUCAAAUGGGUUUCGAGGGAAGCUUCCAGAGCUUGCAGAGCACAUUGGUGCCGUGGAGAUUAGAAGAUCUGAGAUCAGUGGGAGAGGAUUGUUUGCAACGAAGAAUAUUGAUGCUGGGUCGUUGAUCUUGGUCACCAAGGCAAUUGCCAUGGAAAGGAGUAUCAUAAUGGGAGGUGUUCAGGAUCUGAGUGAGGAUGCACAGUUGGCAAUGUGGAAGAAUUUCAUUGACAAGGUUUUUGAGUUUGUUGGGAAGUGUCCGAGAACAAGGGGUUUGAUUAAUAGGUUGUCAAGUGGGGAGAAUGAGGAAGAACUUGAGGUGCCUGAUGUGGGUCUCUUUAGACCUGAGAAUGUGGAGAAGGAUGGUGAAGUUGAGGUUGAUGUUGAUAUGGUUAAGUUGGUUGGUAUAUUGGAUGUGAAUUCUCUGACAGAGGAUGCUGUUUCGGCCAAUGUGUUGAGGAGGGGCAAUGAUUAUUACGGUGUUGGCCUGUGGCUGCUCCCUUCCUUGAUAAACCACUCAUGUUGUCCCAAUGCAAGGAGGUUGCAUGUUGGGGACUACUUGGUGGUUCAUGCUUCUAAGGAUUUGAAGGCUGGGGAGGAGGUGACUUUUGCUUAUUUUGACCCUUUGUGUGGUUUGAGCAAGAGGAAGGAGAUGUCUGUGAAUUGGUGUAUUCAUUGCAAGUGCAAGAGGUGUAGGUUUGAGGGGGAAGUGUUCCCGAAACAAGAAAUAAGAGAGAUUGAGAUUGGUCUUGAGAGAGGGAUGGAUGUGGGGGGUGUGGUGUUCAAGUUGGAGGAACAAAUGAAGAGGUUGAAGGUAAGGGGUAAGGAGAAAGGGUAUUUGAGGGCAUCAUUUUGGGAAGCUUAUUCUCAGGCUUAUAGGACAGAGAGGGCCAUGAAGAGGUGGGGAAGGAAGAUUCCUACUGCUGAGGCUGUGGUUGAUAGCAUCACUGAUGUGGUUGGAGGAGACCACAGGCUGCUUAAGUUUGUGAUGGAGGAGUUCAAGAAAAAUAGUGGUGGAGUUGUUGAGAGGGACAAAGUUUUCAAGAUGGCAAAACAAGUGUUUGGGAAGGUAGUGAAAAAGCAAGCAAUGAAGACACUUCUGCAACUCUGCAUUGCUGAUUAAGUGAAUCUUUUAAUCACUUUCUACUUACUGAUUCUUCUUCCUUUUGUUGCUAUUGUUAAUUUUUUUAAACUCUAUCAUUGUUUCAUCUUUCUCUAAUUGCUGUAAACAUCAAGUUUCCAGCCACCAUCAACUCAAGUUGUCACAGUUGCUCAUCUUUCCAUUAUGUAAAUCAAUGGUAUCAAUAAUUUUUGGACAUUAUUGCA